AUGGCUAUCCAAAAGGUGAUUAUAGUCGGAGCUGGACCAUCAGGUCUUAUUCUUGGCCUCUUGCUCGCAAAACAAGGCAUUGAGGUUGAGUUGCUCGACGCUGGCUCGCAGAUUGAUGACCAGCCACGAGCAGCUCACUAUGCAAGCCCGGCUGUAUAUGAGCUUGGGAGAGCUGGAGUUCUGGAAGACAUCAAGGCACGGGGAUUCCAACCAGCUGGAUUCGCAUGGCGGCAAUUCGAUGGCACUUUUAUCGCUGGCAUGAGCCAUGCCGUACUUCCCGAUGACUACCCAACCAAGAUGGUCGUUCUUCCACUUGAUCAGUUGGGAGAGUUGCUCUUCGAGCAUAUUCAACGACAGCCAACAGCCCAGGUCAAAUGGUCUCACCGUGUAGUGCGCAUUGGUCAAGACGAGGGACGCGCUUGGGUUGAAUCCGAAACGCCCACUGGUCCUCAGCGGUCUGAGGCGGACUAUGUUAUCGGAUGUGAUGGAGCCAGUAGUACUGUGCGCCGAGAAUUAUUUGGGCCUGAGUACCCAGGAGAGACUCUGAAUGCGCAGAUCAUAGCAACAAACGUCUACUAUGACUUCGAAAAAUUCGGCUAUUGGGACAGCAAUUUCGUCGUCCAUCCUGACCAUUGGUACAUGGCAGCCCGUGUGACCAACGACGGUCUCUGGCGCGUCACAUACGGCGAUACGCCCGGUCUAAGCAGGGAGGAAUACAUUGCCCGACAGCCCGAGCGCUACGAGACACUCUUACCGGGGAAUCCCAAGCCCGACCAAUACAAAAUUACCAACAUCAGCCCCUACAAGCUGCAACAACGAUGCGCGCCGAGUUUCCGAGUCGGAAGAAUCCUCCUUGCGGCUGAUGCUGCGCAUCUCUCUUGCAGUGGCGGACUAGGUCUCACAGGCGGCAUUGCCGAUGUUGGCAGUCUAUUUGAUUCGUUUAUGGGCAUUCACAGGGGUCUGGCGGAUGAGACUAUUCUUGAUAAAUACAGUGAGAUCCGCAAACGCAUCUGGGCUGACAUUAUCGACCCGAUGUCUCGUGAGAAUUUCAAGCGGCUGUACGACCAGGAUCCGACCAAGGCUCGUGAGAACGAUGAGUUCUUCCAGCUUUGCGUCAAGGGAGAGACUGAUGAAGAAAUUGGGAAGAGUAUCGUUUUGGGAUUGGACAUGCUCCGCCAUGAUAUGACGCAGUACUACUCGAAAUAA